CAGAGAAGCAGGGGUGAGCUGUGAUGUGUUCGCUGUUGAAGUUUUGACAUCAUUUGCAUCUCUUCCAUGACUGAGAGAGACACCAGGAUGGCAGCUGAAGGGGCCACAGAGAAGAGAGCCAACUUGGUGGCAUCUAAAGUCAUGUGGAGUAACAGGGAGGACGUACCUCUGUCAGCACCAGAACGGUCACAUGGCAGUGACAGAGCUGGAAUCCGUAGACAGAACAACGUCCAGCAGUGGCUUAGAAGUCAUGAGGCGGAUGCAAAACCAGACCACACCAGAGAAGCUGCAGCAGGGCUUUUAAAGAGGAACGCCAGCAGUGAGGAUGACUUAGCGUUGGGCGUCGAAGCAUCUUUAUAUGGUAAACAGGGAGUGAGGACCGUCCAGGAAUUUCUGAGGAGUUCCAGGUCCAGCCCAGUUCUCACCAGGUGGAACAGCUUGACCUCAGCCUUCUCAGCACAGUCGGCUCCACUCAGUGUAAUGGAUGUGCUGAAUCUGUGGAGUGAUGACCCAGAGGAGGUCCUACUAGAUCUGGGCUUCGGCUGUGACGAGCCUGACAUCUCUGGACGGAUCCCAGCCCGCUUCAUCAACAACCAGUCCAGCGCCCGGGGAAUCAACAUCCAGGUGUUCCUGGACGCCCAGAAGAACCGCAUGGACAUAGAGAACCCUGAUGUCAGCAAUAGGUUCAGGCAGUUGGAGGUGCUGCAGCAGGUUACCACUGCGUUCUCAUCCCUGGUCGGUGGUGCGUCUACAGACUCCCUCUCCGAGAGCGGAGUUCCAGCUUUAGCUUCGGCCGAGGCCAGGGAGAAGAGGAAGAGGAUGGGCAUGCUGCUCCGCCGGGUCUCCAGAAAAACCCUCAGCCAGACCCAAAUCCAGACACAGGACUCCCAGGACACAAACCCAACUCCCCACAGUCCCGUAGCCCACUUACCGCAGCCCCUGGCCGGCCCCCCUGACAGGCGGACCCAGCUGAAACGAGCCAGACAGGGCCUGGCUGAGUGUGUAUGUCUGACCCCACUGGUAGAGGAGCAAGGCCUAGCCUCGGAAGCACCAGAGCCCCACUCGGUCCCCCAGGAGGGUGCGCUCAGGCUGGAGGUGGGGAAGGAGUAUCAACCCCUGAUCUCCAGUGGUAUUCCAACCAGAAAGAAAAGUCCUGGGGAGGCCAGGGAGUCCUUUGAGAUGGAGGAGAUCCAGAGCUUUGAUGAGGGCAGUAUUUCUGGGAGCUACAUGGGAGCAUCCGACACCACAGCAGUGUGUGUGAUGAGGACUAACAGCUGCCAGUCUGACAGCAGUGGUUUCCUGGAAGAGCCCUUCAUCCCGUCCAUUACCCAGCAUCCCUCACCUGGACCCGAGCUCAUGAAGGCUUUGUCGGGAAUAUCUGGAGGCAGCACUGACAGCCAGAUCACUGUAAAAGGAGCUUCACCCCCCUCGUCCCCUCCAUCCAAUUCCCUGGACCCUUCCCCUCCUUCCCUCUCCACGUGCCACCCAAGACCCGAGUCUCCUCUAUACAGACCAGAGACAACAAGCCCUACAGAGAAGACACCCAGACACCAGGAUUCCCCCACACCCCACUCCCUCCUCUCUGAUGCCUUGGAGAUGACUAACUCUACGUUUGGAGCCAGGCCAAGCCUAAUGGAAAACACUGUCACUGAGGAAGAUGGAUUCUCUUCGGCCUGCUGUGCACCUUGUCAUAAGCCAGACUCUCCGUUACGGCACGUUAUUAUUAUCAUGAAAACAGAUAGAGAAACAGAACACUUUACUCUGGAAUCAGAGGAAGCUGUUCCAAUAGGAGGAGAGGAAAAGGCCAUAGCGGAACAAAGUGGUAAUGUUCAGACAGGAACAGAGGCUGUUGGUGAUCAGGACACCGAUUGUUAUGGGUCACAUGAAGGCUCUCUGAUGGCUCUGGUGCAGAUGAAGAAAGAGAUGGAGAUGAAGAUGGAAGUACAGAUUAGUUCUGGUUUGGAAGGUCCAGUGUUGGGUCCUGUCGCUGUUCCUGAGGUGGUGGAUCAAGGCUCUGAGACUGGAUCUGUUUGUCAGGACCGGUCCUCUGAAGAUCCUCUAUUAGGAUCUGACCCUAACCUCUCAGCAGUGCUAAGCCCUGCCUCACCUCUCCCCCCAGCAGAACCUCUCUCUGCCUCCUCUCUCCCCCCAGCAGAGCCUCGCUCUGCCUCCUCUCCCCCCCCAGUGCACUGGGAAACAUGUGGCUCAGAGAUUUCAGAGGGAUCCUCAAGCUUGGUUGUCCAAGAGCCUGUCUCACCACUAAAUCAACCAACAGACCUACCUCCAGGCCCAGCUUUAACCUCACCUUCAGAGCAAGUGUCACUUCCAGCCUCUUCCCCACCACCAUCUCCGCCCCCAGCAUCAUGCCCACACCAACCUCCAGCCUCAGCUUUUCUGGCAGCAUCCAGCUCAUCUCCAACACAGUCCCAUUCCCCAAUCCCAAACCAUUCUCUUUCAGCCCUAACCACAACACCAAUCCCAUCCUCAAUUCCAAACUCACCAUCAGCCCAUUCCUUAACCGUAGCUCCAUCUCAAGCCCCAACCCCACUCGUCCCCCACAGUGGUGCUUUCAGGUCAGGCCGAUCUGUGUCUGUCCAGAUGCCCUCCUCCCUGCCCUCUGUCUCCCACUCUGCCCUCCGGAGAGCUGCUGUCCCCCACACCCCCUCCCCGCUCGGCCCUUCCUUCGAGCCCCUCCCCCUGACUGACCAGACGCUCCGGCAGAGGCGGAACUCCUUCUCCAGGAAGGCGUGGUCAGAUGCUGAUGUCUCCCACUUUGCAGAACACAGAAACACUGCGGUUGCCAUGGGAAAGGCAGACAUGACACCUGAGACGAUAUCCCUCCCGUCCCCCUGCCCCUCCCCCUCCAUGUCAUCGUCCAAUCGGUGGCUGUCUCGCGAUGGUUCACGAAGAUCCGGAAGUUUCCAGAUGAAGUCCACCUCCUUGGACACUGGGCUGUGGCAGGAGGAAGUGGGGGAAGAAGUGGGGGAUGAGGAUAGACGGUGGGAACGAGCCCUGUUCUCUGGGCUUUCCUGCUGCUGCUCCUGUGAUAACCGCUGUCGCUGCUGUUCUCAGAACAAUCGCCACAAACCGUCCUCCGUUUCAGCUUUCCCUUAUUCACUGGAUGAGCUGGAGGGGAUGAUGCACUGUAUGAGGAAGUUCCGCUGCGUCCUGACAGACAUCGAGGAACAGCUGUCAGAAGACCAGGCCUCGGUGUACAGCUCACUCUCUGACACUGACAGAGAGGAAGUGCGAGACAUCUUGGAGCUGAGGAAAGCUGUGAAACAGGAAGCUGGAGAGUUGGAACUGCAGCUCACUGACCUGGUUCAUCGCUAUGACGACAGCUUCAAAAUGAAGAUGCACAGACUACUCGAUGAACAAUCUCACCUCUACACCCAGCUAAGGCUCCUGCCCCUGAUCCCCACAACCACAUCCACCCCUGGUUCUGCCUCCUCCAGGAGCAUGGCCACUCAGUGCUGCCUGCUGCCCUGGCUGCCUUUGACGGACAUGUCCAGGCCACGCCCCUCAUCGCAGGCCACCUGGGAUUUGGAGUCUAGAUCAACUCUGCCAGAUUCCAGUUCUAUGGGCCAGAGUCUAAAACAUGGUUCUACAGGCACCAAGCCAGACAAACUGGACAUUGUGGGUUUCAUCCAGAGAGUAAGGGACCUUUGACCCCUGCUGAAGGAGUCCAUACGCCACUCUGUCAAUACUGACUCACUGGAGUAAAAGAGAGGUGGGGUAGCCCUGACUGACAGAUCUAGGCCAGGAUUCAAUCCGAAGCGUUUCAUAGGGCAGCGUACAAUACAGGCGAUAAUUUGCCUUUCAAAGGCAUUUUCCUUGACGUUCGCAGAGAUCGCUUUCAUGGUAAACGCUGUGCAUGUCGGCUCAGACGUAAAUGACCUUUGAAAAGUCUUAUAAUAGUGCUCUGCUCUGUAACACGCCUUCGCGUGAAUACCAGACCUAUACCCUCUAAACUCGACUGAAAAAAACACUGCCUGUGUCCUCACCCACCCGUGGAUUGUUUUUCUGUCUUACAGAUGCAGCUUCUGCUGUAGCUUACUGAAGAUGAUCUGCUGUCUAAGUUAUAGUGUGUCCAAUCAACCUGGACUCGGGUAGAUGUAACAUGAUAAAUGUAAAUCUGUCUCCCUCCAUUUAGUAUGAUAUGUUAGGUGUGGUAAGGUAUGUAUUUCUUUGUGGAUGUCCAUCAUCCAUUAUGUUAUGAAUAACAAUUCAUAUGAUAUGUCACAAAUUCCAGUUUGAUGUGGCUAACCCUAACAUUAGUUAAGUAGCUUACGUUAACUAGGCAAAGGGUUAGCUAACAUGCUAAGUAGUUGCAAAAAGUAGUACGUUUCAAAAUAGCUAAUUAGCCUAAAUGCUCAAGUUGUCCGGGAUGAGAUCGGAAGACGCAACCUUAGAGAUGCUAGAAGUUUGCAUUAUAUGCCCACCUAUCCACCCCGACCCACCACCCUCCCUUCCUUUUUGCCUCAUGUAACCUUACCAAACAUACCAUAUCAUAUUCAUUUGAGUGUCCUGGAUUUACGUUGACUAUGUCUAGUCUAUGAAACCAGGCUGGUGUAAUCAAUGGAUUCCAUUACUACCAAAGUAGUCCAGUGUCCACAUGAUGAAUAAAGAGCAUGAAUGCAUGAAA